GAGAGGUCGUUCAUCCCAGACUUAUGAAAAGUAUGCAGGAUAACUCAUGAACAGCACCUUCCAUGGACAUGUAAGAGACAAGCUACAAAAAAGUUUCCACAAGAGUGUCAAACUACAGACAUGGAAAUGACACAGUUUAUUGCUCAUCUCUAUCUGCUGGGGUGUAUCCUGCAUUCCCUGCAUGAGGCUGAGGCAGUGUCAGAAUUUGAGCUGGAUGGAGAUUAUUUAAUAGGUGGACUUUUUGACAUCCAUCAUGUCAGUGAAAGGCUUCACCGUGACAAACCAGAAAACAUUAACUGCUCAAGUCAACCCUUCAUCCUGUCAAGUUACCGGAGGUUUCAGCUGAUGAGAUUUGCAAUAGAGGAGAUCAAUAACUCUACCAAACUGCUGCCAAAUGUGACGCUCGGCUAUAAAAUAUUAGACUUCUGCUCAGACGCACAGAACUUCCCUGGAGUUUUCAACCUCAUCUCUGAUGGGAGUCUCAUCCAGCCUUGGAAUGACUCACAGAGGCUCACGUCCAAAAUGGUCACAGUGGUCGGCUCUUACACCAGCACAGGGACGCUGAGCGUCGCCCCGCUCUUCAUGAUGGACUUCUUCCCGAUGGUCAGUUAUGGAGCUGCCAGUUCCGUCUUUUCAAGAAAAAAUAAUUUCCCGUCUUUCCUAAGAACGGUCCAUCCUAAUAAAGAUGUGAUAGAGGUGGUUCUAAGGAUAUUGCGAGAGUUCAACUGGCGCUGGGUUUCAUUCCUUCACAUUGACGACGACUACGGCAGAGACGGCCGGGAUUUGUUCAUUCGGACAAUUGAGAACACAGAGAUCUGUCUGGCCUACACAAAAGGCCUUGAUCAAGACACAGGCUACUAUGAGGUUUUCCAACAAAUUACGUCACUGAAAGUAAACGUCUUGAUUGUUUUUGCACCAGAAUGGACGGCUGAAGCUCUCGUUGAGGCUGCCAUAAAAUACAACGUCACCAAUAAGGUGUGGAUAGCCGGAGAUGCCUGGUCCUUACACGAGAAGCUUCCCAAAAAAGAUGGAAUCAGGAAAAUUGGGACUGUAGUUGGGAUAGCUGAGCCAAAAAUGCCAAUUCCAGGUUUCAAUGAUUUCAUCAAUGCAUUCAGAGCCCAGACUCAACAGGAAAAUGGUACGGAAGAAAAGUUUUGCAAUCAGGCUUGUAAUUGCAGUAAUCACACUGCCGCAGACAUCAUUAAUGCAGAUCCGUCCUUCAAUUUCCCUGUUUACUCUGCUGUGUAUUCUGUUGCCCACGCCUUGCACACUGUGCUGCAGUGUGAGACUGGCAGGUGCUACAGGAGAAUUACAGGAGUUCCCCAUAUGAUAUUACAAGAGCUGUGGAAGACUAACUUUACGCUUCUAAACCAGAGUGUUCAGUUUGAUGAGAAUGGCGACCCCUCCUUUGGAUCGUAUGCAAUAGUUUUCUGGAACCAAAGUGGGGAAGCAGAGGAGGUUGGCCUUUAUCGUUAUCACUCAUCUUUACAGUUCGUCGUCAACAGGACCAAAAUCCAGUGGCAUGAAAAUGGUUCAGUGCCGCAGUCGAUUUGCUCCGAAGAAUGCGAUGCUGGAUUUGCAAAAAAACCAGAAGGACUCCACAAAUGCUGCUUCAGCUGUACAAAAUGCAAAAGUGGAACUUAUAUCAACAGCACAGCAGAUCCUUACACCUGCCACAAAUGUGACGACACAGAGUGGUCUGAAGCAGGAAGUACUUCAUGCUAUCGGCGGCAGGAGAGCUACAUGCCUUUCUCGCAUGGUGGCGCUGUGGUUGUCAUGCUUGGAGCUUUGAUCUUCAUGGGCCUCACCGCAGCCGUAUCUGUUCUCUUCUUUAUUAAUUACAAGACUCCCAUUGUCAAGUCUGCCGGAGGACCGAUGUGCUUCUUGAUUUUAGGCUGUCUUGCUCUGUCCAGUCUUAGUGUGUUCUUUGCCUUUGGUAAACCAACAACAGCUUCUUGUGUCUUAAGGGUUUUACCAUUAAUAUUUUUCUCCACAGUUUGUUUGGCUUGUUUUGUCGUGCGCUCUUUCCAGAUCGUUUGCAUUUUCAAAAUAGCUGCCAGGUUCCCUAAAAUUCUCAGUUGGUGGUUGAAAUACAAAGGACAGUGGUUGGUCAUCUGUGUGGCCUGUAUCUCUCAGGCAGUCUUACUUAUUGUUGAUUUGUCCGUUUCUACCCCACAUCCUAAAAAUGACACACAGGGACAUCCAGACAUAAUCAUCCAUUACUGUUAUAGCAAUUUAAAAGAGAUACUUGGUUCUCUGGUUUUAAUUGUAUUACUGAUUAUUCUUUCUUUUUGUUUUUCCUACAUUGGAAAAGACUUGCCAAAAAAUUACAAUGAGGCUAAAUCCAUAACUUUCUGCCUCCUGCUGCUGAUAAUCAUCUGGAUCAUAUAUGCCACUGUCUAUGUGUUGUACCCUGGAAAGUACAUCCACUUUAUUUAUGGAAUGGCAGUCCUUUCUAGUCUCUACUCUUUUCUAUCCUGGUAUUUCCUGCCAAAAUGUUUCAUCAUCAUUUUUCAACCUGAAAAAAACACGCAGCAGUACUUCCAAAGUCUCAUUCAGAGUUACACAAAUAUAGUUAACCAAUAGUCCCUUGAUCAUCUCCGAGGCUUCUGAAAACUCUCUUUCUGGUUUGUACUUUUUAAUUACCACAUGGGAACAAAGUGUUGUAUAUUUUGCCUUUUGCACGUUGAGGAGCAGCUGACCUGAGGAAACAGGACCGUGUAUGAGGUAUAAUGAAUCUUAAUGAAAAACCUUUUUUCCGUUACAGCAAAAAUAAGAUGUGUUCAAAGAAUGCUUCUUCUUUUUUAUGUAUUUUAACUUACAGGGGUAAAGAAAGGAAAUAGCUCUGUAUGAGGUGACAGAGGUGCAUGUUUUAUUGCUUCCUGGGAACAUGCAAUGAGAUCUUUUGUAGUCAGACAUGUAAAUACAAUAUUUAGCCAUGUUAAACAUCUAAAACUUGUAUUUCGAAAUAUCUUUUAAAACAUAAGUGUUUAUAACAAUAAAUAAAUUCUGCAUGAUACUCAGUCACUUACAUUUAAAGCUUGCAUACAUUUCUAGAUUUACACAUGUACUACUUUUC